CCCUCCCUCCCUCAUCACUUCUGCAGCAGUCAUUCAUCCAUGGCGGUGGAUCUGAUGAGUUUCCCGAAGAUGGAUGAUCAGAUGGCGUUACAAGAGGCUGCAUCACAAGGCUUGAAGAGCAUGGAGCACCUGAUUUGCCUCCUUUCUAACCAAUCUAAUCAAGCCGUCGAUUGCUCCCAUCUCGCCGACCACACCGUCUCAAAGUUUAAAAAAGUCAUCUCCCUCCUGAACCGGAGGGGCCAUGCUCGGUUCAGACGAGGACCGGUGCAAACCUCUUCGGCAUCCACCUCAUCACCGUCGUCAUCCUCACCUCCUCUUUCUGGACAUCCUAUUUACCAGAAAGUAUCUUUAACUCUGGCUCCGGUUGCAUCUCCGGUGAAAGUACCGGCGGCACCGGUUCCAACAAAAGUGGUAGCCCCUCCCACGCCGGCUUCUGUUCCAAGUUUCGCGCAAUCUCAGCCGCAGCGUAUGACUCUAGACUUCACUAAGCCUAAUUUGUUUACCUCAAACCCUAAAAGUUCGGAGCUGGAGUUCAGUGUUUCCUCGAACUCCUCGUUCAUGUCAUCAGCUAUCACCGGAGACGGAAGCGUUUCAAACGGGAAACAAGGAUCCUCAAUAUUCUUGACACCGGGCCCAGCCGUUUCCGCAGGCAAACCGCCUCUCUCUUCCGCACCGUACAAGAAGAGAUGUCACGAACAUGACAACUCCGAGGAUGUCUCUGGCAAGCGCUCUGGCUCCGCCAACGGAAAGUGCCAUUGUUCAAAACGAAGGAAAAAUCGAGUGAAGAAAGUAGUUAGAGUACCGGUGAUCAGCAACAAAUUUGCCGAAAUUCCACCGGACGAGUAUUCCUGGAGAAAGUACGGCCAAAAGCCAAUCAAGGGCUCGCCAUAUCCACGUGGGUACUACAAGUGCAGCACCAUCAGAGGAUGUCCGGCGAGGAAGCACGUGGAGCGUGCCGUAGAUGAUCCGACGAUGCUGGUUGUGACGUACGAAGGGGAGCACCGACACACUCAACCCGCGCUGCAGGAUAACCUUCCACCUGGAUUGGGACUGGUUUUCGAGUCAACGUGAAGGGAUUGAAUAUUGAAAAAACCGAAAAAAAAAAAAAAAACGACAAUAGACUUUUGUACUACUAAAAUUAUUAUGUGGUUUGAUGUAGUUUCGGGGGCUGGAAUGUAAAUUGGCUUUUUGUUUUUGUAUUUGUUUUUAUUUUUUAAAAAUCAAAAUUUGACUCUCCA